AUGUCGACAACAUUAAUAAGUUUUGAAUCGUCUGCCCAGUUGAAGGUCGAGGUGGUGAACACAGAAUCGCUUCAGCAGAAGGCUCGGAGGCCAAAGGACUCGAAAGGUCGCCACCGCCACCAUCCGAGCUAUCAUUCGUCUUUGAAUUCCGAGUCGAAUGGCGGAAGUCCGCGGCCUUCUGUCGGGGAAUGUUCUUCGUCUACGCCGACGUCGAUUGACGACGAGACUGCCGCGCUGCAGAAGAGGCAGAUUGGCAGCGAAGACAGAGAUGAGACCGUGAGGGUGAUGGAAAAUGAAAUGCAGACGUUGCAGAUUGUGUCGGCAGGCGACAAAUCUGUGGAUUAUUUCAGUCCGAAGCAAAAGAUACAGGAUGGCGGUGUGAAGAAAGUACGAGACGAAGAGGCAACGGAUAGAGUCGCCGAAGAAAGCACUCCCAAUAUCGCCGAGCAGCACGAGAUCAAUGAAGCGACAGGUGACGAAACAGAUAAAGCUGUGACAGGUCAGGAUAGCGGGAAGGAGCCUUCGCUUAGAGACGAGGGCGUUCUGGGAAACGAUAGCUUGGUGCACACGGAUUCGUACAUUCAGGACCUCAACGACGACCAUAUCCUUUUAAACAAUAAAGUGUCGAGGAUGCCGGCAAGGAGGACUCGCACUCAGGAGAGUAUACGAAAGAAUAUUCCGUUUCACGCGUCGAAACAUUCACAGAUAUUACCCAUGGAAGAUGAGGAUGCUGUGGAUCCUUUAUCGAGGAGUAUGCAGAACAAUUCGAUGGGGUCACUGCCGAUAAAGAUGCCAAAAGAAAGAGUCGCUUAUAGCGGCAAAAUUCACCCCGGAUCGUUCUCCUCCAUGCCACCGGAUAUGCAGCCUAGUGCGCUCAUAAAAUCGGAGGCUGCUACAGCGGAUACUAGAAAGACGAGAAAGUCGAUAUUGCAUAAGAGGGAGAUAAGGAGGAAGAAACUCACACAUCUAGACGAUGACCGCGUCUUAAUCGGCAAUAAGGUCAGUGAGGGCCACGUCAACUUCAUCAUAGCAUAUAACAUGCUUACUGGCAUUCGAGUCGCAGUUUCACGUUGUUCCGGUAUCAUGAAGCCUUUGACGCCGAAAGACUUCAAAUGUACAAAGAAACUGGCAUUUGAUUAUCACGGGAAUGAACUCACGCCGUCGUCACAGUACGCGUUCAAGUUUAAAGACUACAGUCCCGAGGUCUUCAGAGAACUUCGUGCGAUGUUUGGUUUGGAUCCCGCUGAUUAUUUGGUCUCAUUAACUUCCAAAUAUGUCCUCAGCGAGCUCAAUUCCCCCGGUAAGAGUGGUUCGUUCUUUUAUUUCUCCAGAGAUUACAGAUAUAUUAUCAAGACUAUUCAUCAUGCAGAACAUAUUCAUCUGCGAAGGCAUCUGCACGAAUACUAUACACAUAUAAAGGCCAAUCCAGACACUUUGGUGUCUCAAUUUUAUGGGUUGCACAGGGUCAAAAUGCCUAUAUCAUUCCGGAACAAGAUAAAACAUAGGAAAAUCUAUUUUCUGGUUAUGAACAACCUUUUCCCACCACAUUUAGAGAUGCAUAUAACCUUCGAUCUGAAGGGCUCUACGCUGGGCAGGUAUACCGAAGUGGAUCCAGAGCGUGCAAAGCACGACGAGAAUUACCGAGUAGUGCUCAAGGAUUUGAACUGGUUGGAACGAAGAGAGGAAAUAAAAUUUGGGCCAUUGAAAAAGAAAAAAUUACUAGAUCAGCUGAAGAAGGACGUGCAAUUUUUGGCCAAGUUGAACAUAAUGGAUUACUCUUUACUGCUCGGAAUUCACGAUUUGAACAAGGCAAAGGAAGAAGAUCCUGAGUUACCAGAAGGAUCGCUGGUUCCGGUAACCACAUCAACCGGUGGGUUCAAAACGUUGCCAGAAAGCACGGGCGGCUUGCCAUCGGGAACGGUCAUCCCUCAUUUUUUCAAAGAGUUUGAAGGCGGCAUCCGUAGCUCUGAUCCCUUUAAUAACGAUACCAACCUGGUCUACUAUGUGGGAAUAAUAGAUUGCUUGACCAAUUAUUCGUUCUUAAAAAAACUGGAAACUUUCUGGAGAGGUUUGAGCCAUGAUCUCAAAGUGGUCAGCGCCGUGCCCUCAAAGGAAUAUGCUGAUAGGUUUUACGAGUUUAUCGCCGAUUCUGUGGGUACUUCGCCACAGACAAGGUAUAAGGACAACCCAGAAGUGCAAGACUACAGAGACUAG